AUGGAUAUCGGGUUUGAGUUGACAGAUGAAGAAGAUUGCUGGUGCCUUCUUGCCGUUGUGCUGGUACUCUGGGCCAUGGGCUGUAUCCAGAGCAUUAGCUGCAAAGCGAAAGGAUUUCGGGAAAGCAUCUCAGUCUUGGAAAUCAAAGCUUCCAUCGACCCGGUCCCCACAAUCAUCGAUGAGUCAUCCAGCGUGGUAUUGAGGUACCGCACCCCGCAUUUUCGGGCUUCCGCUCAAGUGCUGUUGCCUCCUUUGCCCAAAAAAGAGACCUGGAUUGUGGGGUGGAUACAGGCUUGCAGUCACAUGGAGUUUUACAACUACUACGGCGAUCAUGGCAUGUCCAGCUGGGAGCUUCCAGAUCUCCUUGAAGGCAAGAUCCAAGCCAUCAGUGACUCAGACGGGGUCAACUAUCCCUGGUACGGGAACACCACCGAGACGUGCACCAUUGUGGGGCCCACCAGGAAGGAAGCUAAGUUCACCAUCAGCAUGAAUGACAACUUCUACCCCAGCGUCACCUGGGCUGUCCCAGUAAGUGACAGCAACGUGCCCAAGCUGACGUGCAUCCAUCGAGAUCAGAGCUUCACCACGUGGCUUGUGGCCACCAACACCAUGACCCACGAGAUGGUGAUCCUGCAUACGAUCAAGUGGCGGAUGAAACUGGGCAUCGACGUGGUCCCCGGCAAUCCUCUAGGGCACCGUGCCAAGCUGAGGGAACCCUCUGCUCAGGAGCAGCCCCAAGUCCUGAGCAAGAACGAACCAAUACCACCGAGUGCCCUUGUGAAACCCAAUGCCAAUGAUGCCCAGGUCCUCAUGUGGAGGCCCAACGACGGGCGCCCCCUAGUGGUGAUACCGCCCAAACAUCGGUAAUCAGACCCCUUGUGGCACGGGGGAACGGGGUGGGGCAGAGGAAAGAAGAGGAGAACCCACUUCGUAUUUAAAAAAACAUCAGCAAAAACAGAGGAGCACUUUUAAACUCAUUUAUCAGAAAAGGAAAAAAAAUGCAACCAUUUCUGCCUUCUUCCAUCAGAACGGAUCUCACUGUGCAAGCAAAGCUCAAACUGAGGACUCCCUUCAAGGUUUCUGGCGUGGGGGGAGCAUGG